UUCUUACCUGUGUGAGCUCUCUAGGGUUUUAGAAGCUGUAUAAGGAUAUUUCAAGUUUAGGGCCGCACAAGAUAAUGGAUGGCGGAUCUGCUGCAGAUUCCAGGCUUAUAAGAUCUGGAAGUGCUGUUGAGAGCGCAAGCGUGAGGAGUAGUUGUAGUAGAUGGAAGCCAACCGACAAUCAGAAGAGAAUAUUGGAGUCUCUUUUCGCGAAUGGAACGAGAAAGCCAUGUUUGGAGGAAAUAGAGCGCAUUACUGCAGAUCUGCAGGGGCAUGGUCCUCAUGUGCAAGGCAAGAACGUCUUCUACUGGUUUCAGAAUGCCACUGCCAGAGAGAAACGGAUGAAAGAAUCAUCCUCAAGAUUGCCCUCAGUAUUCAAGGCGCGAAAUUGGACUUCUCUUUUCCGUUCGAAGAAGAGGUCAUCUGAGAAAAGCUAUGUAGAGGAAGAAGAAGAUCGCCGGUAUUCAUCGGUAGAUCCGUCUGACGUGAGAACUUUGGAAUUAUUUCCUCUGCAUCCCGGGUUUCAUAAACAGAAUCCAAAUAAUGAUAUUGCUGCGGUGUUACCAAUCGUAGUAUGGGAUGAUGGAAUGUAUCUUCUCAGUUAUAGUUUUCGAUGA